AACAACUCAAAACUUUUGAGAGAUUUGUUUUCAACCCAAAUCCUAAACUUUAAUUCAUUUUUAAUUAACAAAAUGCAUGUUUUCCACACUUGAAUAUUUAAUUCCCAAUUCAAUAUCAGGAUAAAAGAAGUCCAUGCUUCGCAUAUACAUGCAACUUGAAUUUCACUUCAGCUUCCAUUAACUUCACUUAGAUCCUCCAAACACAGUAGUACAGGCAAAAUUCUAAGGGGAACACACACAGAAGAGAAAGAAAAAGAAAAUGGAGAACGCAAGGAAGCAGUGGAGUUUUAGAGGAAAUGAGAAGCUGAAUACAGAUAGAAUAGCAACUAUUAGAGGCACACUGGACUUGCUAACGGAGAAUAUUAAUAAAGAAGAUAAAAGGCCAAUAAUUCCAUUUAGCCAUGGUGAUCCUGCUGCCUUUCCGUCGUUUAGGACCAGUCUUAAAGCUGAAAGUGCUGUGGUUGAUGCCCUUCAAUCUGCCCAGUUCAAUACUUAUUCUUCUUGUAUCGGUAUUCUUCCUGCAAGAAGGGCAGUUGCUGAAUAUCUUUCCCUAGACCUUCCCUACAAGUUAUCACCUGAUGAUGUUUAUAUUACUGUGGGAAGUGCGCAAGCAAUGGAAGUGAUAGUGGCAGUUCUUGCAAGUCCUGGUGCAAACGUUUUGCUUCCAAGACCAGGUUUCCCAAACUAUGAAGCUCGCUGCUUAUUUAGCCAACUUGACUUUCGCCAUUACGAUCUUCUUCCUGACAAGGGUUGGGAGGUGGAUCUCGAUUCUCUCGAAGCCCUUGCUGAUGAAAAUACUGCUGCUAUAGUUAUCAUUAAUCCAGGAAAUCCAUGUGGGAAUGUUUUCUCGUUUGAGCAUUUGAAGAAGAUAGCAGAGACUGCACAAAAGCUUGGAAUUUUGGUGAUUACUGAUGAAGUUUACGAGCAUCUCACUUUUGGGGACAAUCCAUUCAUUCCAAUGGCUUCUUUUGGAUCGAUUGUCCCUGUUAUCACUCUGGGUUCUUUAUCUAAGAAAUGGGCUGUUCCUGGCUGGCGAGUUGGUUGGCUAGCAACAUGUGAUCCCACUGGCACUCUACAAAAAUCUGGGAUAAUGGAGCAUAUAAAGGCAUGUCUCGAAAUUGACUCGGAUCCUGCGACCUUCAUUCAGGCAGCACUUCCUCAGAUUCUUCAGGAAACAGAAGGAGGUUUCUUCUUGAAAUAUGUAAAUUUACUUAAGCAAGGUUCAGACAUUCUUUACGACAGAAUAAAAGAAAUUCCUUGCAUUACUUGCCCAAGAAAACCUGAAGGAUCUUUUUUUGCAAUGGUUCAGUUGGACGUGUCACUACUGGAAGGCAUAAAUGAUGACACAGAGUUCUGCUUCGAGCUAGCAAAGGAGGAAUCUGUAAUUAUUCUACCUGGAGUUAUGGUUGGACUGAAAAAUUGGGUUCGGUUAUGUUUUGCCCUUGAACUAUCAAUUCUUGAAGAUGCUCUUGCAAGGAUUAAUUCUUUUUGCCAGAGGCAUGCCGAGCAACAUUAAAAAUCUUUAACUCUUGCUUUCUUAGUGAAUAUGCUUAGUGAAGUAAAAGCUCAGGGUAAAACAAUUAAGAUACUUGAUCUUGGAGAUCUCCCCUGUUUAUGUUAUUUCCUGCUCUUGCUCAAGAAAACAUGAAUAAAAAAGCCAUUGAUGCAAAUCCCAUAUUAGAUGGACA